ACUUGUCAAGAAUUGUCAUUGUCAAAUUACGUCUGUGUUUUGUAUUGUAAAGCAAAGCGCGAAUAGUAAAUUGUUGCAAUUUCUCAGAUUAUGUUUUAGUAUUUAUCAUGGCAGGCAAUUUCUGGCAAAGCUCACAUCAUCAACAAUGGAUAUUAGAUAAGCAAGACUUGGUCAGAGAUCGACAGCACGAUUUAAACAUUUUGACAGAAGAAGAAUAUCAAAAAAUAUUCAACUUCUUUGCAAGUAUAAUUCAAGUUUUAGGAGAGCAACUUAAGCUUAGACAGCAAGUUAUAGCGACGGCUACAGUUUACUUUAAGAGAUUUUAUGCGAGAAACUCCUUGAAAUGCAUAGACCCUCUGCUUUUAUCGCCUACAUGCGUGUUUCUCGCUUCGAAGGUUGAAGAGUUUGGUGUUAUAUCAAAUUCUAGACUUAUAACUACUUGCCAAACCGUUAUAAAGAAUAAAUUUAGUUAUGCAUACGGACAACAGGAGUUUCCUUAUCGGACAAAUCACAUUUUAGAAUGUGAGUUUUACCUUUUAGAAAAUCUUGAUUGCUGUCUAAUUGUAUACCAGCCAUACCGGCCUCUGCUGUUGUUUGUGCAAGAUAUAGGACCAGAUGAACAACUGCUUACAUAUGCUUGGAGAAUUGUUAAUGACUCUCUGAGAACCGAUGUCAGUUUACUUUUUCCACCUUACCAGAUUGCAAUUGGAGCCAUGCAUAUAGCUUGUGUAAUGCUUGGAAAGGAAAACCUAAAACCAUGGUUUGCGGAACUCAAUGUUGACAUGGAUAAGAUCCAAGAAAUAGUGAGAUCUAUUAUCAAUUUAUAUGAAAUGUGGAAAAGUUAUGAUGAAAAGAAAGAAAUACAAGGACUCCUGGGAAAAAUGCCAAAACCUAAACCUGCACCCCAAAGAUAAUAUUUCCUUUUGACAGCAGUAUUUUAUAAUACUAAAAAGUUUCAUAUUGGAGUUAUUGUGACAUUAGUUACAAAGUGAUAAGUGUUAUAAAGACAAUGAUUUAACAGCUUUACUGUUAUACCCAGAGUGGUUAAUUGUUCACAAAGAGUGACCCUUAGCAUAUAUUUAGUAUGUAUGUACAAAACAUGAUUAAAUUUUUUAUAAUAUUUCUAGCUGUUGCCCGCAACUCUGUUCCAGCGGAAUGAAAAAGAAUGAGUAGCCUAUGCAUUCUGUGACUAUGUUCUAUAAUUAUGCAAAAUUUCAGCGAGACCUGUUGAGCCGUUCUG